CUCUGUCUCUCGCUGUCCGGCGCUCUUCCCUCAGUGGCUCUCGAGUAAAUUCGCCUGUCACCACCUGCCCUGCACUGUCCACAACAGCAUUCCAUUUGUGGUGUAAUGGCAGGUUGGGCUGCUGCUGCCUCCAGGUUGACAGAGACAGACUAUGAACAUAUGCUCAGCCCUGCAGGCAACUAAACUUCCAAUAGUUCUACUAUAACUCCAAACCCAAGACCACCGUCAUCAGAGAUAAUGGAUCCAAACUCCAACAACGCGAGGAAGAAGACCUCCUGGACCAGUUCACCUGAUGCUGCUUCUCUGUAGAUGCUGCUAAGUCCUCUAUUCACAACAUCAUCUCAUGGCUGGGAUCCAGCAGCUACUUGUUAACUUUCUGACAAAUGUUUGCUGAAACUGUCAACCUGAAGGAGCAUUGAGAAAACAAAAAAAAAAGUCACCUUGGCUGUCGACUGUGAUCAGUUGUGUCUGUGGUUAGGUCUGUAAUCAUGGGGAAAGAACAGGAUUUGCUGGUGGCAGUGAAGAGUGGGGAUCUUCUGCUGGCUCACAAGCUUCUCUCCAAAGUCAAGUGCAACAAAACCAAGUUGCUGGGCUCCACCAAGAGGCUUAACAUCAACUACCAAGACUCAGACGGCUUUUCAGCACUGCACCAUGCUUCUCUAACAGGCACCACGGAGCUGCUGUCUUUGCUGUUGGAGGCCCAGGCCAUGGUGGAUAUCAAGGACAUCAAUGGCAUGCGUCCUCUCCACUACGCAGCAUGGCAGGGUAAAGCCGAGUCCGUGUUACUGUUGCUGAGAGCCAGCGCUUCAGUCAACUCCCCUUCCCAUGACGGACAGAUACCAUUACAUCUCUCUGCUCAGUAUGGACAUUAUGAGGUGUCUGAGAUGUUGCUGCAGCACCAGUCUAAUCCCAGCCUGAUGAACAAGGCAAAGAAGACUCCUCUAGAUCUGGCCUGCGAGUUUGGGAGACUGAAGGUGGCUCAGUUGCUGCUGAGCAGUAACAUGGUGGCAGCACUGUUGGAAGGGGAGGGAGGGCACGACAGCCUGGACUCUCCAUCCACCACCCCCCUCCACCUGGCAGCCAGGAAUGGACACAAAGAUAUCAUCAAGUUGCUGCUCAAAGCCGGUAUUGACAUCAACAGAGCCACCAAAGCAGGAACGUCUCUGCAUGAAGCUGCCCUCUAUGGCAAAACUGAAGUAGUGCGGCUGCUGCUUGAUGCGGGCAUCAAUGUGAACAUGCGCAACACCUACAACCAGACAGCUCUGGACAUUGUCAACCAGUUCACCACUUCCACAGCCAGCAGGGAAAUCAAACAGCUGCUCAGAGAGGCAUCCAGUUCUCUCCGGGUCAGGGCGGUGAAGGAUUACUGGAACCUCCACGACCCCACCGCCCUUAACCUCCGAGCUGGAGACCUCAUUAUGGUCGUGGAGCAGCACUCAGACGGCCGGUGGAAAGGUCACAUCCAUGACAAUCAGCGCGGCACAGACCGAGUGGGCUUCUUCCCUCCUUCAGUGGUGGAGGUCCUCAGCAAACGAGCAGGGGGCACCCUCUCUCGCCAAGCCUCAAUGCCUUGCCAACGACUACACUUUGCAUCCAGAGCUCCUCCCUCAAGCCAUGGCCCUACUCCUCAGACUGACGACUCAUACACCCUUGGCUAUGAUCCCGCAGGUGCUCCACCUGGCAGUCAGCUCUCAGCCCCAGCUAGUCCUGCUAGUCCCACUCAGGACAUUUGGGUCCUCAGGAGCUCUCCCACUGGUGACAGACAUAGUGUUGGCAGUGCUGGCAGUGUGGGCAGCAGUCGCAGUGCUGGGAGUGGCCAGAGCUCUGAAAGCAGCCACAAACAGAAUGGGACUCAAAAUCGCCACAACACUGACACUGGCAAGCUGGCUCCCUCUCCUGGUGAAUCAGGAGACCAUCUCCACAUUGUGGGAGUUGACCGCGGCAAACAGGUCGAUGGAUCCGCAGGUGGUUCCCGUCGGCAGGUCAAUGGCACUCCUCAGAAAGGCUUCGUUAGACCACAACAGCUUCUGGAGGGCAAGGACUCUGAGGCCAUCUACCAGUGGUUGUGUGAGUUCCAGUUGGAGCAGUACACAUCCAACUUUAUUAAUGCAGGAUAUGAUGUACCCACCAUCAGCAGGAUGACCCCUGAGGACCUGACAGCCAUUGGAGUGACCAAACCUGGCCAUAGAAAAAAGAUCUCAAUGGAGAUUGGCAAGCUGAGUAUCCCUGAGUGGCUACCUGAUUACAUUCCUUCGGACCUGGGGGAGUGGCUGAGUGUGAUCGGACUUCCUCAAUACCAGAAGAGAUUGUGUGACAAUGGCUAUGACUCAAUCACUAUUGUCAAAGACAUCACCUGGGAGGACCUACAGGAGAUAGGCAUCACAAAACUAGGCCAUCAAAAGAAGCUAAUGUUAGCAGUGAAGAGACUUUGUGACCUUCAGCGCUCUCGUAACCAUGCCGACAGAACUGGAGGCGGGACUCUCAGACAGAAGCCCCCCGCCGCUCUGGAGCUCGUAGCUAUUGAACACACACCAACACACAACGUGCACGCUCACACACACCCGGAUGCUCCACCUGACAACUGCUGCCCCUCCCCUCGCACCCCCAGGGCCCUCCUCUCCUUCCAGGACAGCGAGCUGAGCGCUGAGCUGCAGAGCGCUAUGAUGGGCAGGGCAGGAGGAGGAUCUGCAGAGGCAUUUGGUAUCAGGGGUGUGACCUCUGCAGCAGCUAUAUCCGCCAUGUCAGUCAGUCAGGAGAGCAUUAGUAUGCGGUCACGUGGCUCAGGGAAUUCUGGGAAUUCUGGACAUUCAAAUUCAGGAUAUUCUCAGGAGCACCAAGCCACAUGUUCUGCAGCCAGAACAUCCAGCCGGUCUGAGGAGAGUCUGGGUGGUGGAGGAGGAGAGGAGGCCAAGCGUGCUGGAAGUAGUCCUGGAGGCAGAAGUAGACAGAGACCCACAGAGAUGUGGGAGCACCAGAGUCGGUCUGCGACUCCCAACAAACUCCCCUUCUCCCCCCUCACACCUCCACUAACCCCGAGCAAAAUGCCUCGCUUUGCGUACCCAGCUGUCCCACCCAAAGCCAAACACUUCCAGUCUCCUAACCGCCUAUAUCAGUCUCAGCACCACCCACCGACCUCCCCCUCCUCUCCAUCUCCGCAACCUUCCCCUACACAGAAGGCCUUCAGUUACCUCCAGGCUCAGUCAGGAGGUGUCAGCGGGGCUCCACGGGUGCUUUCCAAGCCUUUUCCAGGAGCUGUCCCUCUGCUGGGACCCAGGCCUGGACAGGCCCCAGCCGAUGACACCCAGAGGGGCCCGCACAAGAAGCGCGCCCAAAGCCUGACUCGCUACGCCCUGUCCGAUGGGGAGCCAGACGAAGACGACGACCUCGCUACCCACUGCACCUCUGUUUCCCCUGCAGCCAUGCCUUCGUACGCCACCUUGUCACGCAGGCCAGGACGUGGGCACAACGGCGCCACAGGGGCCCAACGGCACAUCAACCGCAGCCACUCUUUUGCUGUGCGCUCCCGACGCAAAGGCCCGCCCCCACCGCCACCUAAGAGGCUGAGCUCGGUAAGUGGCAGCCCGACAUGUCAACCAGGCAGCGGGAAAGUGGUGGAGCCAGAGGUGAAAGGAGGGGUGGAGAUAGAGAGCGCAGGCAGUGUGAGGAGUAUUGCAGCAAGGCUAGAGGGAAGCAGCAGCAGUCCAUCCAGGAGGAUAGAUAUUCCACCAACCCUUAUCCCUGUUUCACCUGUUUUUAGUCCUAUUUCCUCCCCGAUUCCACACGGAAUUCCAUCUCACAUCAUCCUACAGCACUCUAAACCUGUCCCUGCCUUGGGCCUUGGUGGCUUAAGGAGGCCAGGAAGUGAGAGGACAGAAGGAGACAUUGAUAGACAAAGAGGUGGAAGUACAGAGGAAACAUCUGAAGAGAAAGUGAAAGCAAGAAAAAGUGAAAGAAUACCGAAGAGUGCUACUGUGUCUCCAAAGCACAGCUCUUCUGAUCAUCUGCCUUUUGCUGAAGAGGGUAACCUCACCAUCAAACAGCGACCCAGGAUAGCAGUUGUCAGCCGGGCAGAUGCUGAAGUUAAGACUUCUCCAGAGGAUCAAGUCCAGACUCCAAACAGCCUGGAGCCCCCAGAGUUCAAUCUGAAAGAGUCUGACACAGUGAAAAGACGGCACAAACCCAAAGACAAAGAUGCAUCCUCACCUGAGGAGGCUUCUACACCCAUCAGAGAGGACAACCACCCACCAACCACAAACCACAGUGGAAACACACACAAUAAUGUCAGGACACUGAGUGACGACGAACCUCCGAGAAAUUUUUUCCAGAGAGUAGGCUCCUUGGGAAAAGGCUCGAAGCCUCCAGUGUUUUCAAAACCUUCCAGUCCUGUCAAACAACCCCAUAACAGCAAACCAACAACCCCGCAGAAAAUAAUCGCUUCAGUACAAGCCAGUGCGCACACAGCCAUUCCUAGACUAACCAGCAUAAAGAUUCACACAGUCUCACCGAAGCUGGGCGGCAGCAUACAUGCACAGACGUGUAUACCCAGUCCUAAACCUGUGCAUCACCCACAGACAGUGAUGUCCAAGCCUGAGAGUCCACAGAAGGCAGCUGGUGUGUCUGUAUCAAGACUGCCUCAGCUCAGCAUGGUCUCGGCAGCAGGACCAAACCUCGGGAUGGUCCAGAGUGUCGCCUUCGCUGCUCCAUCCUCUCCAGUGCAGGCCCCUUCGUACUCAGGGAACACAGGGAAAGCAGAAACAGCCCAGGGUGGUCUGGCUGGUCUGGAGGUGCUGGCUCAGAAGAGGCUGGAGCAAACCAGUACCUCACUGGAGGCUGCUCUCAAAGUGGUGGAGAACAAACUGGCACAAGGGAGCAGUGUGGAUGGGGGCAGCAGCACGGUGAAGGCUGCAGGAAAUAUUCUGGAUGACAUUAGCAACAUGUUUGAUGACCUGGCUGACCAGCUGGACGCCAUGUUGGAAUGACUUCUCAGCUACUUUUCUCAAGGGAGCAACAGAAAGAAAGCUGCGACUCAGUCACCAGCAAACUGGACCUCCCCCCUUGGUGCUGGUAAGAACGGGCACUGUGGAGCUCAGAACCUCUGGCUCAGGACUCUGGCUGAAUCAUUAAGUGCACAUUUGAGGAUUUCCCCGCACAACUUUUCCUCAACAUUGCCCAGUUUUUUUUUUUUUUUUUCAACGCAAGCACUUCGCCUUAGGACACACACCUGGGAAUGUUAUUGGAGCAGAAACAAUCAGCAGCUGCAAGAUAAGCUACCAGAUGUAUGUGUGUGUUCAGUAGGUCAUCACUAAAGGGAAUGAGGGUCCAUUUGAUUCACGUUACCUGUAAAUGUAUAGAUACGUGUAUGGUGGCACUGUGUAUGUGUGUAGUCAGAUAUCUUUGUACUGAGUAUAUUUAUACAUCUACAUGUUUAUUUUUUAACAAAUGGAGGUUCCCAUUGACUGAUCCACUGUUGAAAUCAUUCUGGUGUUUAUUAGCAUUGCUCUGUAACACAGACACACUCACAUAUUUUAUAUAUAUAUAUAAUGUGUGUGUGUGUGUGUGUGUGUGUGUGUGUGUGUGUGUGUGUGUGUGUGUGUGUGUUUGUGUGUAUUGCAGCUUAUUGUCUAUAACAUGGGGAAAUAUUGUUUAUCGUAUUAAAAACAGCGUAUUCCAUAUGUAUGUAGUAGAUUUGACUUAACAUGUUUUUACCAAAGGUCUUUUAUCCUCUUCAGCAGGCACAUUAAGAGGUUUCUGUUGCACCAAGUCAGGAAAUAUCCGUUUCUUGAAAGCACUGUAGGCGUCAGUGGAAGCACGUUUGUCAGUUCCGACUGCUGUGGUCUAAAGUAGUAAUUUAGAGUCUGUGGAGCUCAGCCCACCUCCCACUAACGGUUUGGAAGCUUUCACAGGUUGCCUCAGGGUCCUGUGAAGCGAGUUUAUUAUAACUGUUUCCAAAGAAUGGGAGAUGCUUUGCAACAUUUCAACUCUGUUACAAGAAUUUCAGGCAUGUUCAACCUUCUGAAAGCACAUGUUAAUCAUUUAAAAGGGACUGAACACUGUAAGAGAUUGUGUAUCUAGAGAAGAACCUUGUCUUUUUUUGCAUUUUGGACAAUGCAGAGUAUGGAGUCUGUAGGGUGCCACCAGAAUAA